AUGUUCGGACGGCGAAAGGUCGCCCCAUUCUGUGCCAUCAUUGGCGUCUGGGCCUUAGUUACAUUAUAUUUCUUUGGGCGAUCUGGCCCUCUUCCCACUUCUCACUCAUUACUCAAAGAUGACGAACCAGUUGCCAAGGAACUGUCGCCAAACGUGGCCAACAUCAAACUUCAGGACAUUAACAACGAUUUCAACGUCGACGAGUACAAAAAGAGUGUUUUCCCUGGACUGUUUCAGGUGGAGAAUGACUUUGACGAUCAUAAGAUGGGAGAGGAGGAUGUGAAGGAAUUGAACAACAAGUUGGAUGAUGAAAUGAAAGCGGAAAUAGACAAGAUGGAGAAGGAGGACCAACAACGAGAGUUGGUAAUGCCAGCCGCGGUGAUCGUGCCGAUUGAUGAUCGCGAACCAGAAGUCGAUCUAGAGAAGCUUGCCGUUAUCAACUCACCCGAGGAGGAGGCCAUACAAGCGAUAUCGGUUGAAUUGAGCUUGAAUAAGAAGCUGGGGGUCAUAUUGAGCAGCUGUUGGCAAUUUAUUGCCCAGCAAAAUCUUCAUGAAGAGCGGAUUGAACUGCUCAACAGCGAAGGCUUUCUAGAGUUGCCAACAACCUGA